AUGGACUCGACGGCGCAUGCCCUGGCAAUUGCCCACCAACUCCACCGUCGCGCGGGUGGUAUGGGUGGAGAGACUGGAACACGUCCCGCAUCGUACAAAAUUAUUGGCCUGGUCCUGGCCAUUGCAUCUGGAUUCUUCAUUGGUGCAUCGUUUGUCAUCAAGAAGUAUGGUUUGCUGCAAGCAAACAAGAAAUACAAUGAAGAGGCAGGAGAGGGCUUCGGUUACCUGAAGAACGCUUGGUGGUGGCUAGGCAUGAUCCUCAUGAUCAUAGGAGAAAUCUGCAAUUUGGUUGCCUACGCAUUCACCGAUGCUAUCUUGGUGACCCCCAUGGGCGCCUUGAGUUGUGUGGUGACAGCCAUCCUUUCAACGAUUUUCUUAAAGGAGCGUUUGAGCUUCGUAGGAAAGAUAGGCUGCUUCAACUGUAUCAUUGGAUCUGUGGUCAUUGCUGUGAAUGCGCCAGAGCAGUCGUCCGUGGCACGCAUUCAAGACAUGAAGAAGUGGGUUAUCGCACCUGGCUUCCUCAGUUUUGCAGGCGUCAUCAUCCUUGCAAGCGCUGGAAUUGCCAUCUGGCUCGGGCCGAAGUACGGAAAGAAGACCAUGAUGGUCUACAUAUCGAUUUGUUCGUUAAUUGGGGGCCUCUCAGUGGUAGCCACGCAAGGUUUGGGUGCAGCCAUCGUGGCCCAGGCUUCCGGAACUUACGGCGGCCAGUUCAAGGAAUGGUUCCUCUACGUCCUUCUCGUCUUUGUGAUCGCCACGCUACUCACUGAGAUUAUAUAUCUCAAUGCAACCCUGAAUCUAUUCAAUGCCGCCUUGGUAACACCCACUUACUACGUCUUCUUCACAUCAUCAACCAUUGUUACUUCUGCCGUUCUUUUCCAAGGAUUCAAAGGCACUCCACUCCAAAUCGUCAGCGUUAUCAUGGGGUUCCUUCAAAUCUGUUCUGGAGUCGUUCUGCUACAACUUUCUAAAUCGGCAAAAGACGUUCCUGAUACCGCGGUGUUCAAGGGUGACCUCGAUCAGAUACGAACCGUGGCCGAGGUGGAGGAGCCUGAGUACGAGCCACGUGCUGACACCCUUCGCGGUGGCGCUUCGAUUCUGCGGACCCUUUCGAAGGCCAGAUCCCACAAGGAACUUGCAGAAGCCAAGAAAAUCCAAGAAGAGCACAUGGAAGUCAUUGGCGAAGGCGAGCAAGUCGAGUUCGAUGGACUGCGACGAAGAAAGACGGUCAUGGACCCCAAUCGGCCUCCAACGCGCAGUGGCACUGUUGUGCAUACCAAAACGAUACAUCCACCUCUUGGCAUGUCGCAAUUCCCUACUGAGGAGUCGGACGACGACAACGACAGUUUCCACCCCGGCUUCUUCCAGCGUUUAAGAUCUCGCGGCAAGUCAACUAGUAGUCGCGGCAGCGCACAUAGACCUGGCACACCGGGCAUGGGCAUGCGGACACUUCCACCGAUACCUACCGACGGCGCAUCGGACCAAGAGUCGGAUUCUCAAUCCGACAAACACAACCUAUCGCAAGAUACCUCCUACAAGCCCAUUGUCGACUCCCACAUACAAUUUGACCUCCCGGGGCCGAUCCAUCAGCAAGAGCGUCAGGCAUCCCCUGCCUCAUCCCUCCAUCCUCCCAAACCGCCUCCGCACAUGGCAAAGCGUCAAUUCUCCUUUCAGAAUGUGUUUUCACGGAAUCGCUCAGAGUCAACGGGCGAAAGCAGCAAGAGACCUACCAGCAGCAGACAUAGUCACCGCGCCAGCCGAGAUAGCAAAGCCGUCGCCACCGAGGAGGAGCGGUUAGGCCUUGUGAAAGGCGACUCGUCCAACCUGAUCCCCAUAGAAAGUCGUGCAGACGACGACGCCGACGAAGGGAUGGAGCCACCAGGGUACGCAGACGAUUGGGGCAUGCCGCGCAGCUCCAGUCCAGGAUACUCCCCCGAGCGCGUUACCUUACCGCCCGCCAUCACCUCACCAGCGCGCACCUCAUCGCCACUACGUCAAGGGGUACGCAGAGUAGGAACUGAUGAAUUCGACCCGAAUUUCGAUACGGGCGAGUAUGAGAAGAGGGCUACCAAUACUGGUGCUUUUCUGUGA